GCCUGUCCUAGCUUCACCACUCACACCAUCGUCAUGGCCCGAAAAAAUUAUCUAGGAGGUGCCCAAGCCUUACUUCUCGUUGUUGCCCCUCUGUGUUGCCAUGCCUUUGUGCAGCCAGUAGGCAAUAUGCUACCAAAAUGCGGUACGCAUGCGAGCAGUAGGCAUCAUCAUCCGCAACUCAACCCGGGGGCAGCUGCUCCAGCAGGAGGACCCCGCCGGGAAUCGUCGAUCCGUGCUACAGAAGCGUCAGCACCUGAAUUUGGAGGUAUACAGCACGCUGGUGUUCUGGUCAGCGAUACAAAGGCGUCCAAGGAGUUCUACGUAAAUGUGUUUGGGUUUGAGGAUGAGUCUCCCCUGCGACCCCAGCUUCCGUUCGAUGGGGCCUUCGUUCGAGCCGGCGCGACCCAGGUCCAUCUGAUGGAGCUACCCAACCCAGACCCCGUCGACGGCCGCCCAGAGCACGGGGGCAGGGACCGACACGUGGCCUUCAGCAUCGCGGACCUGCGGCCGCUCAAGGGUCGGUUGGACAGCGCCGGCGUGACCUACACCAUGUCCAAGAGCGGCAGGGCGGCGCUCUUUUGUAGAGACCUGGACGGCAACGCUUUCGAGUUCAUACAGCAGGCGUUGUGAAGAGACAUGCACCACCGUGGAGUGACGAGGGUGCUUGCGUGUCCUCCCGAUGAUGCACAGAGCAUGCUUUAGUGGAGAGCAUGGGUACGGAGCAAGCAAAUAGUGGCGAGCAUGGAGGACAACGCAAAGAGAGCUUCACAAGACAGAAAGAGUGACGAGCAUGGAGCACGGCACCAAAUUGCUGGCCGGCGACGGCGGGACCCCCCCCCCCCCACCUCCCAGCGUCCCGACGGAGUUACAAUAGUCUUCGACUUGGGGGAACCUUGUGUGGGCAGUGCAACGGAGUCCGUGAACCCGGGGUUUCAAAAGAGUCUUUUCUGUGGGCUCCGGUAACCAGAUCAUGAACUUUAUCUUGGAGGCAGAGAAAGGAUGAGGCGGAUCGUGGUCUACCCGGACUGUGCACGGGAGGGUGUACCUGUCUGUAAGGUAGUUAUCAAGUCUGCGAGUGUCGCUUGGACCUCGACUGAUGGGUUGAUCGUUCUGUAUAUAUCGACAUGCCUAGGGUCGUUGC